CGUGUGUUGCUGAAGAAAGUGCGAGAGAGCUCUAGCGUCCGUCCGCCUACCGUACGGACGCCGCGGCGGCAACGGGUGCGGUCUUUGGCAUAAAGACGGCGCGGCGGCUCAACGUGUGUUGCUUCGGUUUUCCACCAUUUGGUUUCUACGAGAAUGCGACUGCCGCUCCUGCCAUUAUCACCUACCAUUGGAGUGUUGAUUUUUGUUUUUUUAUCGAUUAAGGCAGGGACUGCAGAACAAUUAGACUUAAACGCACACUACCAUGGCUUUGCGAGUAGUAAACGAAUUAAUGCAUAUCCUUAUACAGCCCCCGAACGAGUAGUAGAGAAAGCAAUUUCUCGAAAGCAUAAAAAGCCACAAGCAACAUCGCCACGUCAACCACAUGAAGCCUCAUCUACAGUACCAAGUGGUGCAGCGGCAGAUCCAGCAAACACUGCAGCAGAUUUUGGCAUGCAAGGAGGUAUGCAAGGAGGACCAAUGAAUCCAGGGAUGAUGUCAAACAGACUUCCACCUUUGCAAACAGUACACCCACCUGCACCAAAUGAAAAAGACUGGGUUCUGACUGCAGGAAACGAGAGUUUGGUUGACAAUGUUUUGGCGAUUUCUUUACAGUAUGGAGGAAGACUGGUAUCAAUGGGAUAUUAUUUACGCGGUCAAGACGUGAACUAUUAUGCUAUCAUGCACAAGUACACAGGACCAGUCUUCAUCAAGCCAGCACCAAUGACAUUUGAUGAGCUCAUCAAAGCCGUCAGAGAAAACGAAGCUCGAGACUUGGCACUAACACAAGUUUGCGGGCAAGAAGGAAAGCCCGGUGAAAUCACAUUUACCACUUAUUGGGAACGCGUUCCAGGAGUCGAAUUUCAUAUUUGGUUUCCUGGACAACCACAUGCAGACGAGCAGAAAGAGCAUUUCGAAAAUAAUGGCUAUCGUUUGACGUACCUCUGUGGUUACUCGGAGGCUGGCAAAGGGAAGUAUGUUGGAGUGUGGCAGAAACCUGUGAAAUCAGAAGCACAAUAUGAAGCUCACUAUGGGCUCACGAUGGAAGCAUGUAUGCAAAAAGAUAAAAUCCUUGUACAAAAGGGUUUUGUGGCCACUUCUCUUCGAGUUUUCAACAAUAAGAAUCAAGUGCUUUGUACUGGAAUUUGGGAAAAUCGAAACGGUAGAAGUAGUGUACAAGUGGGACAAAACUUAGAAACUAUGUACAGGAAUAUGCAGCGCAACCCUAACAUGAUUCCAAGACAAAUGUCUCACUACUUUGAUAAUUAUCAAAACAUUGUAUACGUUGUAUUAUGGAGUGAUGUUGAUAUUAACCGAUAUCCAAACCCGGCACCACUUUGGGAUGAAGCCCCGAUCCCAGUUCGAUUCCUAAAAGGAACGCCUGAACUGCUCUCCGAUGAUCAGAUGGAGUUUCUCAUCAAACGUGUUGAGCACUUCAUGAAAGAUCUGAAUAUUCCUGGUUUGUCCAUUGCAAUCGCCAAAAAAGAGCAACUCAAAUUUGCGGCAGGUUUCGGCUACACUGACAUUCGACAACAAGAGCCCGUCACUCCAAAUCAUCAAUUCCGAGUGGGCUCUGUAUCCAAACCUGUUACCGCAGCGGCUAUCAUGUUGCUUAUCGAUAAAGGCCACUUCACACUCGAUUCCAAGCUGUUCGGCAAGGAUUCAAUAUUUGGCAGCGAGUUUAGCAAAAAGUAUCAAUAUCCAAGAUAUGUAACGGAAAUCACAGUUCGCCAUUUAUUGGAACAUACUGCAGGUGGCUGGGAUAACUUGCAAUCUGACGCUGCUUGGGUUCAACCUGAAAUGACCACUAAAGAGCUCAUCGAGUAUGUGCUCACUAAUGUGCCCCUUGAGUAUAAGCCAGGGACAAUGUGGAUUUAUUCUAAUUUCGGAUACCAGUUGUUGGGAUAUCUUAUUGAAACGACCACCGGCAUGUCCUACGAGGCGUUUGUCAAGAAGAAUAUAUUCGCACCAUCUGGCGUUUACGAUAUUCAAGUGGCGAGACCGAGCAUCAGCGAGCGGGCACCACGAGAAGUUAUGUAUUACAUGUCUGGAAAUGGACUGGGUUUCAAUCCAUACGAGAUGCUUCCACCUGAGAGAAUCGGUCCAUGGGGUGGAUGGAUUGCGAGUCCUAUUCAGCUGCUUAUGUUUAUGAGCCGAAUCGAUGGGUUCUCAAACCGUGAAGAUAUUUUGAGCGACGUGGCCAUUGCCGAACUUGCCACACCAUCUCCUGCCUCAAACGAUACCUAUGGAUUGGGCUGGUCUUUGAACAUCAUGGGAUUCAACGGCUGGCAGCAUGACGGGCGGAUGCCGGGUAGUGCUGCUAUGUUGGUCAGGCUGGAUAAUGGAUUGGAAAUGGCAGUCACUGUUAACAAGGAAUACUCGGAACGCGAUUUCUUCCAUGAACUCGGCUAUGUCCUCCAUCACGUUGGAAAUAACUGCGACUGGUGGAAUGAUGACUACGACCUCUUCCAAAAAUCGAGACGAUCGUCUCGUAGUGCAACAUCAACGAAACGGCAUUUAUUCAAUGCACAAAGAACGACUAUUCACAAUACAACAAAUCCACAUGUUAUUCGCUUUGUUUAGAACAUAUUUAUUGUUCCCCCUUGUUUGUCAUAUUUUCUCACUGCAAAAAGUAUUAAACCCGCAUCGUAUUUUGUACUGAACCAGUAUUUUCAUGCGUGAUUGCUAUAUUUUCAUUCUUAACUUAUUUUUAGCUUCUAUUUUGCUUUUGUCUUCAUAUUUUUAUUUAUUUAUGUCUAUCUAUCAUAUUAUUUUGCUUCUUGCGGGUUGAGCUAUUAUGUAUUAUUUGGAAGAGUAUGACAGUCUAUGUAUUAAAACUGAUAUUGAUUAUUGAUAAUAAAAAAUUGCAAAGAA